AAACGUUCACGUCAAUCUUUCAAAAAAGAAAACAUUCCCACUCACUGAGUAUCUCACUGUACACGGAGAGGAGACUACCCACCUCUCUCCUGAUAGGGGCAUUUCAACUGUUCUACCAGCAAAAUACUACUCUAAAACAUAGAGUUUCUUGUUCCUCGGAUGCCUCUAAAAACGAUAUCCAAACAUAGAUUUUUCAACAUUGCAUUGCCUUUUACAUGAGAUGACUACAACCAAUAUUUUUUAGAGAAGAAAAUUAGCUUCAAGGCAUUCUCAGUUAAUACAAUCUCGAGAGAGUAGUACUCAGAGUUAUAUGCUACCUGGACAAGAUCUCAAAGUAUCGACCAUGUCGAGGCAAACAGAAUUCACACAGAAAGUGUUGCAUGAUCUGCGUCGGAGGAAGGAACAUAUGGCUAUGUCUCAAACUCCCAAAGAUUCAAAUCAGAAUCAGACAUCUGCAGAUAUAUAUCGAAAAUUCAAGCAAGCUUCUCAAGGAUCAAAAGAAACAAACCCCUACGGAAGUAUUGGUUCUACUAGCCAUUACGUGAACGGGUGGUAUGGUGGUAAAGGGCAAGAUUCAUCAUUCUCUAUAAAAGAAUCUUCAAAACAGAUUAUGCCAAUAGAUGGUGGCAGAGUUCGUCGCUCUGAAAACAUAGCUGAUUUGUCCAUGGCACUUGCUUUUGCGCUGAAGAACAAUGGGAAACUCAAGAGGAUGGGAUCAUCAGAAAACUCUUCGACAACUUUCCUGCAUCACAUUGGAAAAGUGGAUUUAGUGGAGGUGGAUAGAAGGCCAGGUUUACCUUCAAGUGGUCGAUUUCCUACCCAUUCACUUCUGCAAAUACAAGAGAUCUCAAAUGAUGCGGAGAAGCUGCAUCAUAUGCUCACUGGUUGCUAUGAUGGCUUAAAUUCUGACAAAGUCUCUGUCGAAAUCGGGCACGAACUCCUCAAAGGAGCCAUGGAUUUGGAAGAAUCCUUAAGAAUGCUUGUAAACCUGCAAGGAGUUUCUGAGAACAUGGUUAUCCCUCAAAGAAAGCAACAGACAAUUAGACUGGUGGAGGUUGAAGAGGAUCCCAGUCAUACCACUGAAACAGUAAGCAAACAGAUGAAAUCAGAAGGACCAAAGCUUUCUUUCAAUAAACUAUCAAGAAACUCUACCGAAGAUGUUCUACUGGCUACAAAGAGCAACCUCAUAAAGCAGAAGCAGUUAACCUUAUACUCUCCUACAGAACCCCAAAAGAUCAGUUCAGCAAAACAAGCUCCUACUACCUCAAGUGAAAUUGUUUCCCAUAGACGCUCAGCCAGCUGCGGCGAAAUUCCAAACACCAUCACCACAUUUACAAACCUAAAUAAGCACUCACGUUCAGAUUCUCAACUGAAAAAGGGUAGACUAUCAAGUGUUGUCGCAAAACUUAUGGGUCUAGAAGAGUUUCCAACACCGAUAGAAUCAAAAGAUGGAGGGUUAUACGACCCAGCUAUCAAGCAAGAAUCAUCUGUAGCCUAUAAUUCUAUGAAAUCAUUGCACAAAACUUCAAGAAAAACUAUACCCGAGACGAUGCAUAAUGAGAAACUUUGUUUGCAAACAGAUGAGCCAAAAGUGCUGCCAACCAACAACCCGGAAACCCAUUUUGCUGACAGAAGCUUGGUUAGGAAAAAUGAGACAUCCGAGAGAGUGGUUCACAAAGAGAUAUCAUAUCCUAAUGAGCAAAAAAAUGUUGAAACUCUAGUGAGAGAACAGGAAAACAAGACGAGGAAGGAUAAACGAAAUAUGAAGGAACAGAAAAGCACAAGGAAUGGGGACACAAAGGACAAGGUGUUUGAGGAUGAAUUGCACAUGCCUCGGCUGAUACGUAAACAACCAGAACCAGUAUUUAUAAAGCAAGAAAAAGCAGCAACCAAGGAGACUAUGUUCCAAAAAGAGAGGACAAAUGCAAAAGAAAAGCUAUUGACAUCGACCAAGCAAGAAAAUCCCCAACAAGAUAUCCCACUUCAGCCACGGUACAAGCUCAGGAAAUCGGAGUCGAAGAACCCAAAGCUUCAAGCAGAUAAAGAAAAGAUGACCGUGAAAAGGAAGCCGCAUCCGAGAAAUCCAGAAGAAACUGAGGUUAUGAAAAAAGUAAACGCAUCAAGAUCAAUCCAUGACAUUGUAGAUUUGCAACAGAAGCUAAUAAAUAAGAAUCCUGCCACAGUUCGUAAAAACCCAGAUAAACCUGAUGAUGCAGUAAAGAGAAGCAUUCAUGAAGAUCUAAUCAGGCAACAAAAUAUUAUUAUACUCCAACCCAAGUUAAGAAAACCUUCAAAAGAGAAUUUCAACCACAGAGUCAUUCCGACAGAUAGAGAUACUGAUGAGGACAUUUCAAAAGUUGAAAACACGACACCUGUUAACAUUAAGUUGAUGCAGAAUAAGGUAGAAGGUACUGAAUUACUUAAAAUCAUGCCCCCGAGAAUACUAAACAAAGAAUUGGGCAGUGAAUCCCUUGACAGGCAACUUAUGUCACUAAAGCAGCCGGCUUCAGUUUUGGAAGAACUAGAGAAGAGAAGGCAUGAGAGGAAUGUAGCACAAGCAAGCAUCAUGCUAACUAGAGAAGAAGUGGAAGAAGCAAACAUUCGAUCACCCAUAUCAACGGAAGUUACACACACAAUUCCUAUAGUGACACCCUCUCUCAGCUCCUCCACUGUAGAAGAAUACCAAAUGCUAAAUGAAAUGAAAACCAUCAAUGCAACUGCCAAGAUUCAAAAGACCACAGAAGUUUCCAAACCUUUGCAAGCUUCAGUGGUUUUGCUUUCGAAAGAUCAACCAUUUAAGUCUACAGACAGUUCAAUUCAAAUUAAAGCCUUACAGGAGAGAAGCAUCAUAGACGUUGUUAAACCUUUACAGCAGGAGAGGCCCAAAUCUGAAAUACUAGGGUCACCUCCGGCAAAUGAAGAUCACCUCAAGCAAAUACUUCUUAGGAGUCGAGUUUUCCUUAAUGCAGUUGUGGCACUCUUCAGAUUUCAGUUUCCUGUAGGUACCCUCAAUUGUAGUACCAACAAAUGUCAAGAUGAAGAUAGUAAACUGCUUUUAGACUCUGGAUAUGAAACUAUGAGAAGGAAAGGAAAAAUACAAGAGCUCAAUUGCAAUCCUUGUAUAGGCAUUUUUGUUGGGUCCAAGAAGGUUAGAUGCUUGGAAAGCUUGGUUAAGGAGUUGAAUGAGGACCUUGAAACGUACAAGUAUUCUGCUAGUGAACACAUUGAAGAUGAAGCAAGCCACCUACACUAUUUGCUCCAGAAAGACAUUGAAAAUAAGAAUCCAGUGGUAAACUGUAUGUGGGAUUUUGGAUGGAGUAACAUAAUGUUUUCAUGUAUUGAAAAAGAGGAAGUCGCAAGGGAUGUGGAGAAGCAUGUGCUCAAUAUAAUGAUAGAUGAAAUUACUAGAGAUUUCAUACAUUUAAGUGUUGCAAUCUAUUAACUAUAUCAAAGAUUUGAGGAAACCUAUAGAAUUAGUUUUUCAUUCUAUUAUAUCUGAUCUGGAAAGGGUGUUUUUUCGACGAGGAUUUUGGAGUAAAAAAGAUAAAAUGGAAGUAGUGGUUUGAGGAAGCGAUUUAUAAGAGUAUAUAGUGAUUAUUUUAAAGAUAGGUGGUUGUAUUUUCAGGACAUGGAAAAUAUGUAUAGAAUACCCCUAAAUGUUUUGUAAUUGUCAAAUAAAAGUAGAUAUAACAAACAAAGGGAAAAAAAAAAAUGAAGUUUACUGCCUUA